UCUCGUCUAUUUUCUCUCUUCGUUCCUUGCUCUCGGCCGUUUAUUCCCUCCAUCAAAAUAGCCAUCAACUCCUAGCCAUCCACCCUCCUCCGUUUCUUUCUAUAUAACAUUCAUCACCGGCUUCAUCUCACCUCACCUCGCCUCGCCUUUUCUCCUCUCCUUGACUCCAAUAAAAUAACAUUCCGAGCUCCACAGCCUCCUCUGCCUCAUUCAGCCAUGGGUGGUUGUGCGAGCAGACCCAAGGACCUCAGAGGCGAGGCCCCGGAAGCUGACGCGGCCGCCGUCAGUGUGGAUCCCGCCCCGCUCAACUCCACUGAGGCUCCGGUGGUAGAGAGCAUGGUGGAGGGCGAACCUAACGUUGUCCACAAAGAAGAGGACAAGGUGGAGGCGAGCGAGGUGGAGAAAGAAGAGCCCAAGGUUGAGGCGACCAAAGAGCCCCAUAUUGAGAAGAGCGAGGCCGAGCAGACGGCUGAGACCACGGUCGUCAAAGAGGAGCCACCGGUCGCCGCCGCAGUCGUCGCCUAGAAGAUCAAGGAGGUGAAGGUCACAAACGAUUAGCAAUCGAACCAAAGUCGAAUUUUAUGGAACCAUGUUGUUUGAACUGAAAUCUUCUUGAAUAAAAUUGCAUUU